AUGUCUUACAGCCAUACAGGAGCUCCUACGGAGUUCAAUGGCACCAACGCCGACUUUGGUGGUGACUCCACCACCACCAACCUCAACCAAUGGUACCAGUCCGGCGACCAAUCGUACAUUCUCGUCUCCGCCGCCAUGGUCCUGCUCAUGAUUCCCGGUAUCGCCUUCCUCUACUCCGGUCUCGCCCGCAGAAAGUCGGCUCUGUCCCAAUUAUGGGUCGUCAUGAUGAGCUUUUCCGUCAUCGUUUUCCAAUGGUACUUCUGGGGAUACUCGCUCGCCUUCUCCGAGACUGCCACCAACGGCUUCAUCGGCGAUCUUCGACACUUCGGCCUGAUGAAGGUCCUCGCUACUCCUUCUCAGGGCUCGCCUCUCGUCCCCGCCCUCCUCUACUCCUUCUACCAGAUGAUGUUCUGCGCCGUCACUGCCGCCCUCGUCGCCGGUGCCACUGCUGAGCGUGGCCGCGUCAUUCCCUGCAUGGUCUUCAUCUUCUUCUGGGCCACUCUCGUCUACAGCCCCGUCGCCUGCUGGGCCUGGAACGCCAACGGAUGGGCCUUCAAGUACGGUGUUCUCGACUACGCCGGUGGCGGUCCCGUCGAGAUCGGCUCUGGUAUGUCGGCUCUGGCCUACUCUUGGGUUCUCGGUCGCCGCAACGAGAAGAUGAUGCUCAACUUCCGUCCCCACAACAUCUCUCUCAUCACCCUCGGCACUAUCCUCCUCUGGUUCGGCUGGUUGGGCUUCAACGGUGGCUCUGCUUUCGGUGCUAACCUCCGCGCUGCGAUGGCCUGCUGGAACUCCUGCUUGACCGCCAUGUUCGCUGCCAUGACCUGGUGCUUGCUCGAUUUCCGUCUGGCUAAGAAGUGGUCCCUCGUCGGCUGGUGCUCCGGUACCAUCUCUGGCCUUGUCGCUGCCACCCCUGCUUCCGGUGUCAUCACCCCUUGGGCCUCUAUCAUCCUCGGCGUUGUUGCCGGUGUCGCCUGCAACUUUGGCACUAAGAUCAAGUUCCUCCUCAAGAUCGACGACUCCCUCGAUGUCUUCGCCGAGCACGGUAUCGGCGGUAUUGUCGGCCUCAUCUUCAACGCCUUCUUCGCCUCUGGCUCGAUUAUCGGUCUCGACGGUGUCAACGUUGGCCUGACCGGCGGCUGGGUUGACGGCAACUGGAAGCUCAUGUACAUCCAAAUCGCCUACAUUGUCGCCUGCUGCGCCUACACCUUCGUCAUGUCCGCCCUCAUUGCCAAGGCCAUCGACAUGGUCCCCGGCCUUCGCCUGCGUGCUUCCGAGGAGGCCGAGCUCCUGGGUAUGGACGACGACCAGCACGGAGAAUUCUCCUACGACUACGUCGAGGUCCGCCGUGACUUCCUUGCCUGGACCCCCCACCAGGCCGAGCCCGCCGCCGAGGGCAAGUUCAGCCCUCAACACGGUAUCGAGGAGCACCAGCACAUGGCCAACAACGGUGGAAGCAGCGGUUCCGACGAGCCCAAGCCUGUCACUCCCGACAGAGAGCUUAGGAGCGAAAAGGCCCCUUCAUUGUGA